AUUUUUCUUUGUCCAGAGAAUUUAUCCGUCGCCGGUCCUCUCGGUCCUCAGAGGGACCUGGGUCGAGUCCAGGGAAAGCAGGAACUAGUCCAUAUAGAGCGGGGUCUAGUCCCUACCGGGCUGGUGUGAGUCCAUGCAAAUCAGUGGACUUGGACGAAAUGGACGCCUGGGAGAUAUCAAUGCGGUUAAAUAUGGCAGAUAUUCAGAAGAAAUACAGGGAAAAAUACCGAGAACUGUUUAAGCUGGAAAGCAGGAGGGAAAGAAGAAAACCAAAACCCAAGAAGACCCAUACAGACGCCAAGAACAAGAAUACGCGCAGAAAGUCAUCAAAUUCAAGCCAGAAAUCCGCAAUUAAUACCGAAAAUGUUCGAACAAGUAUAGAGGAUGAUCUCAGUGAGAAUUCGGAAAUACGGGAACCGAGUUCCGAACCUGAACUCACAGCAGACAACAACAAUACCGAGUAUGACCGAUGUUCAGAACCAGGGACUUUGGUUUACAAAUCAAACUUCAAUGAAACAUUUGCAAAAUUCAAACAGUCCUAUCUCUCAACAAAACACGGGACGGAGAAAUCUUUGGCGCCAAAACUUGUUUCCCCCGCGGUAACCAGUUCGGCCAUUAAGGUUAAAAUCGACCGUCCCAAUCCAUUUCAAAACCUCAUGAAGCUUUCAGUAAAUCCAAUCAAAUCAGAAUCCGAAUAUCCAGUCAUAGAGCCAAUUUACACGGUGAAAUCUGAACCUAUAGACAUAAAACCGGAUAUCGAUUACUUCCCGGAAUACCGGAAGCCGGAAGUAGCCAAAAUUUUUAACGUGAAUAAGCGCAAGAGCUUGGAGGAGGCGCCGAAAGACAUCUAUGCGAAGAAGCGACCUAAAAUUGAAAAGUUUAUUGUCGCUAAAACUGAAACCAAAGCAGAAAAGUAUUACACAACUAUUUACAGUGAUAAAAAUGAGGAAAAUGAGAAGAAGAUGGAAAGAAAGAGAUCCAAGGAUCGCUGUAGGAAAGAUCACAAGAACUGUAAAAAACACAGGAACAAGGAGACAGGACGUAAAUAUAAAAGUAAAGACAGAGAGCUCAAACAAAGACACAAAGAACAUUCAAGGGAAAAGGGAACUCAUGAAAGACACUGGAGAGAGGAAAGUAAACAUGAUAAACCAAGUAAACAUGAAAAACAAAGUAAACAUGGAAAAAAUAAACCAGCAUUUAAUGUUGAAGAUAAUCCAGCAGAAGAGGAGGAGAGAAGAAAGAUGUACAAGGAGCACAAGAAGGAUAAGAAGAGAGAGAAGGAGAGGAAGAAGAAGAGGAAGGAGAAGGAGAAGAAGUUGAAGAGAGUCAAGGUUCGGGAACUAGUCGAUGACGAAUAUAUUUCGCAAAUCAUGGAUCGGACCCCUACUCCGUCACAGGGUAUCAAGGAGGAACUCCAGGAAAGGAGCACGACUCCUUGUAAGAAGAUAAAACAGGAGUUUAUGAACAGGAUGACCGGACCCUUUCUAGAGAUCAAACAGGAGAUUAAGGAGGAGGUAGUAGAGGACUGGGAAACCCCUCAAGAUAAGAUGAGAUCAUGUGUACUAAGUGAGGACAAGCUGCAGGACGGUCAGCGUAUACUGACCAGGAUUGGAGGACAUUUCCAUCCAGGACGAAUCACUGAAAUAUCUCCUCCUGAUAUAUACGGUAGAUAUAUAUAAGAUCUGUA